AUGGCUAUGUCAUUAUAUGACUAUUCGUUAAUUAAGCGUUGUUUUAAUCGCUUCCACUAUGUUAUAUGGAAACGUGAAGAGGUUAUACAACAUCAGAUUCUAUUGAAUACAAUGCCAACACCUGUCGGUGCUGAUUGUCUACCAUUACGUUUGAUGACUGUAAACAAUCAGAUUAAGAGUAAUAUGGAGCAGUUUAAAUUGUCUUGUAACUUAUCAUCAGGUAUAGAUAAACAUUCCUCACAUGUUGAAAACAAAUCUCCACUAUUGGUUAAUUCAAUGACAUCAAGGUUUCUGCCAGAAAUUUCUAAAUUGGAUGGUGAACUCACUUGGAGUGUUCUAAGACCAUCUUCAUUAUUGAUUAAAUAA